UGAAAGUCAACGGGAGGAUCGGCAUUGCCAGUCCUGUCAGAGCGCAAAGCGGGCCUACUACUUCCACGCCGAGAUGGAGCGCUCGAGUAGUUCCAUCAGGCGCGGCUCCAACCCGCUCGCCAAGAAUUUGCGGGGCCGCCGUCGGCUCUCGGCGCCGGUCUCGGCAACAGCCUUGAGCAGCGGAGGUGGCGCGGCCGCGCGGGCUGCUGCCGGUGGGGCCCCGGCGGAUGUUGCCGAGCGCGACGCCUUCGAGAGAGGGCAGACUGUCAGCAUCAACAAGGCCAUUAAUGCUCAGGAAGUUGCUGUCAAAGAGAAACAUGCCAGAACAUGCAUCCUGGGAACACACCACGAAAAAGGAGCCCACACCUUCUGGUCUGUUGUAAACCGCCUACCCCUUUCCAGCAAUGCUGUCCUGUGUUGGAAGUUUUGCCAUGUCUUCCACAAGCUUCUCCGUGAUGGACACCCAAAUGUCUUGAAGGAUUCUGUGAGAUACAAGAAUGAGCUCAGUGAUAUGAGCCGCAUGUGGGGCCAUUUGAGUGAGGGUUAUGGACAAUUAUGUAGCAUCUACCUCAAAUUGCUGAGAACCAAGAUGGAAUUCCACACAAAAAAUCCCAGAUUCCCUGGAAACCUCCAGAUGUCAGACAGACAGCUUGAUGAGACAGGCGAGAAUGAUGUGAAUAACUUUUUCCAGCUCACUGUGGAAAUGUUUGACUAUUUGGAAUGUGAACUCAACCUAUUUCAGACAGUGUUCAGUUCCUUGGACAUGUCUCGCUCUGUGUCGGUCACAGCUGCCGGGCAGUGCCGCUUGGCCCCUCUGAUUCAGGUCAUUCUAGACUGCAGCCACCUCUAUGACUACACAGUAAAAUUGCUGUUCAAGUUACACUCCUGUAAGUACAAAUUUAUCUAUUCCUUUUUGUCCUGAAUUCCAUCACCACUUUCAUUCUUUUUUAGCUACUGUAAUUAAGAUGACCAGGACACCCCAUCUGAUCACCUACAAGAUGGUACUACUAUUCAGUGAAAAAAUGUCCUUAAUUAAUCAUAUUUUGGUUUUGUUUAAAUUUUGAAAUUGUUUCACAAACAUAUUUUAGAAAUACGGUCUCACCUGAGAUGGGCCAGUAUUAUUGUUUUCAUAUUGGAUUUGUUUCUUUACUUUUUAAAAAAUUUCAGCGAGGGCAGAGGAAAGGUGAUAAAGUAAGAUAUAAUUAAAUAUGAUGUGAAUCAUUCAUUCAAU